CCCGACGCUCUUAAGAAGAAUUGGUUGGAGAGAGAAUGAAAUUUUCCUUGUCGGCGAGUUGCAAGCAAGUUGCGGCCGAGCCGCCGCUGGUGAACUUUCAAGGCACAAACAUACUCAAUUUGAAGCCAUUUUUCCGGCGAAAAGAUAAAUUAGUGUUCGUAAUGGGAGCGACCGGCACCGGGAAAUCCCGGUUGGCAAUUGAGUUAGCCAACCGUUUCCCAGCUGAGAUUAUAAACUCCGACAAGAUCCAAAUCUACAAAGGACUUGAAAUCCUCACCAAUAAGGUCACGGAGAAAGAAUGUUGUGGGGUCCCACAUCACCUCCUUGGAAUCGCCGAUCCAAACUCCAACUUCACCGCCACAGACUUCCGCCGCCAUGCCUCGUUGGCUAUCAACUCCAUCGUCGGAAAGCACCGCCUCCCCAUUGUCGCCGGUGGCUCCAACUCAUUCAUCGAAUCUCUUGUCGACGGCGAGGCGGAGUUUCGUUAUCGGUACGACUGUUGCUUCCUAUGGGUCGACGUGUCGUUACCGGUUCUCCACUCAUUCGUGUCGGACCGUGUCGAUCGGAUGUUGGACAAUGGGUUAGUCAACGAAGUACGGAAUUUGUUUGACCCAAAAGAAAAUGAUUACACGCGUGGGAUUCGACGCGCCAUUGGAGUGCCUGAACUCGACGCAUUUCUACGCGCCGAGAUGGAUUCGGCCACCAAUGACAAAGCCCGGUCACGGAUUCUUAAGGCGGCGAUUUUGAAGAUUAAAGAAAAUUCAAUAAAAUUGGCGCUCCGACAACGGCAGAAGAUUCACCGCCUCCAAAGCAAAUGGGGAUGGAAUCUCCACCGUAUCGACGCCACCGAAGUCUUCUUACAGCACGGUGGUGGAGAAUAUUCCGACCAUGCUUGGGAGGCGCUCGUGGCGGAGCCGAGCUCCAUAAUCGUAGACCAAUUCCUCUGUGAAAAUAGUUGUUCCUUAGCCGCCAAAAUCCCAAUGGCGAUCAUUGCCGGCGCCACUCGGUGA